CACUACAAAAAUAAAAUGGAGUCGCUGUCUUGAUUUGUAAGGAAUAUUUUCUUUGUUUACGUGUCGAACUUAUUGAACGAAUAUUGAAACAAUCGAUCUUAAACGUGAUCUCGUUUAUGGAACUUUUUCAAAGACAAUUUACCUAAUUCUUAUCAAAAUUGUAUGAAAUGAAUAACGGUGAAAUUGGAGGACCUAGAGGCAGAGGCCGUGGAUGGCAGCAGCCUGAUAACCAGCCAAAGGAGCUUCGCCGGCCGAAGAUCGUUGGUGAUGAUGUAAAAGCCGAGCCUCCUAAGUCCCAACUAUCAGCAGAUGCCAAAGAAUGGUAUCCACCCAAUUACAUACCACAUAGUGUGCCUUCAUAUGGGCCUGAGUCAGUUCCUUACAGGCUCCCACGUUCUUCUGUACAAGAUCGCCUACGACAAGCACAGGACCAAAACCCUUACAACUUUGAUGAAAUGGCAUACUCACUAGAGGAAGCAGAAAAUAUGGAUAUUCGGGAAAAUAUCGCAAACUUAAUCACUGUUAUGUGUGAAAUAACAUUCGACCCUGGCAAGUUUGAUACCCUAUGUGGUCCUCUUGUGGAUUCAUUUGCACCAACAUUAAAUGAUACGAACUACACUAGAGCUUUGGUAGAGGCUAUAGUAAAUCAGUCCAUCGCUGAGGCAAACUUCCGGUACAAUGGUGCCCGACUUUGUUCGAUGUACGACUCUGUUGCUUCUCCUGAAGAGUCUACAUUCCGUGCCUGCUUGCUGGAACGUUGCUCUGCUGAAGAGAAUAAGAUUAUUAAUCGCCUGGAAACAUCAGAAGAAAAUAUGCGUGGAUUUGCUAUGUUCCUUGCUGAGAUAUAUACACAACUAGAAGAUAAUCAGGGAGGAAGAAUUAAAUCUCUAGGGGAAAGUCUCUGCAAAGUGUUACUACACUUGUUAAAUACUGAUAAAGAAACUAACAUCAAAGCUGUAUGUCAACUACUUAAGCUAUCGGGCAUCGCAUUGGAUGCGGACUGUCCGUCGUCGAUGCAGGCGGCGUUCGAGCGGCUGGCGAUGCGUUCUCAACUGGGCUGCGUGCGCGCCGUGCUCGCACUGCGUGCAGCGCGCUGGGGACUCGCCGAGCACGAGCCCGAGCAUGAACAUCAACCGAAUUCCAACGCACCGAUCGCAGACCUGCGCCGUCGCCCGCAAGAUGGUCCGAAUAGUGAUGGCGGAUACCUAGCGGACGGUAAUUCGCUGACCCCUGAAGAGCAAGCGUUCCUUCAAAGCAACCUGCCGCCAUCUUCUAAAAACGCCGCACUCGAUGAUGACAUACUUGAGGAGCUGGAGAACGAAGCGUGGGAUACAGGCAUGGAUGCUGAGAUGCAAGCUGGCUACCUGGAGUUCCUGAGAAUGUCCAAUCAAAUCAAGCGAUAACCGCGCCUACCCCGCACCCUGAGCCUCGCGGGGGACAGACCGAACUGCGUCUUUAUAAAUUAGGACAAUGGUGAAAAACACUAAAAAAAAACAUAAAAUAUUAUAAAACUAUAAAAAGAUAUAAAGGAGUGACCAACCCUGUAAUCACUCUAAGAGAAUGCGUGAAUUUGAAUUAUAUUGCUGUGCGUUGCUGUGAUGACUACUUCUAUAAGAAGUAAGCUCUUAGUAAACUCGAAGGAGUUUCUAUAUUUGUUGUGUAAGGAUAAUAGAAUACCAUACAAAGAAACAUAACAUCACAAUUACUAUUUAAAAUAGCUUCAUUACAACUUCCAUGACGUUUAAGUAUGCAACAAUAAUGCAAUGCGCAUUGCAAUCGUGUUUUUGUCGGGUUUGAUUUUCUGAUGAAGUAAUAACAUGAUUACUUUUAGAGUGGUUAAGCAUUUGGACAUUACUUAUUAAGAACUUUUAAUUUUAUUAUUUGUAGCUUCGAACUAAAGCCAUUUGCAUAAUAAUACAUGUCGAUAUACUUACGUAGCGAUUAUUAUAAUACGAUUAUGGUCUGUUUCGUGAGAACUGAUGUUGUGUUUACGUAUAAUGAGAGUAAAGCAGAGACAUCCUUUUACAGGACUUGUUUUUAACAUUUUUAUUAAUUUAUAUAAAUUAGGUCGAUUAUAUCCUGUUUCUUUUAUAACAUUAAUACGUAAACACUACAAUUGAUAUACACAAUCCAUAGACUAAAUGUAAACAAGUUUAAAUUCUAUUUUUGUCCUAAAUAUUCAUAAAUUUGUUUUUUAUUAAUGAUUUUUUUUGUUCAUAAUUUUAGUGUCGUUUAAUUGUUUAUUAAUUUUAAAUUGCUAUUCCCACCAUUAAAUUAAAGGCCAUACUGAGAGUCAUUGUUCAAUUUCUUGUUUACAUUUCGUCCUCGUCAAAUGAUAUUUAGUGAUCUCAUAUUCUUUUGAUACUUUCACUAAAAUAAUUGAAUAUGGAUAUUAUGGACCAAGUUGAUAGAUAAAUUUGAAACUUUAAAAGUCUUUAAUGCAAAACAUUUAAAUGAAUUUUAUUUCGUUCACACUCCACUUUUUGUGGAUGUACAACAAUAACUGAGCAUGUUAAGUAGUAGUACUUAUUGUGUAUUUUUAUUCUAAAAUAUUUUAUGGUCAUAUAAAAUGGUGAGUACUGUUUUAUAUUAUAAGAAUAAAAUGUGUUAGAAUAAUAAUAUAUAAAAAGUAGAUAAAAUAUUCUAUUUUCUUCUUAUCCAAUUUUUUAUUUAAAUGAACAUAAAACUUUGAUGUUGCAGACUACAUUUGGUACGCUCAAACUUCUGUUAAGUCCUUCUAUCUCUCCUUUUAGUGCUAUUUUCCUGCAUUCUUUCUUCAUGUUCCUCCAUCAUUCUCUCUUGGUGUAUAUGUGCUAUUAAGUGUGUGAGUGUGUUUAUAUAAAUAUAUAUUCGCGUUUAUAUAAAUAUAUAUUCGCGUUUAUAUAAAUAUAUAUUCGCGUUUAUAUAAAUAUAUAUUCGCGUUUAUAUAAAUAUAUAUUCGCGUUUAUAUAAAUAUAUAUUCGCGUUUAUAUAAAUAUAUAUUCAUGUUUAUAUAAAUAUAUAUUCGCGUUUAUAUAAAUAUAUAUUCGCGUUUAUAUAAAUAUAUAUUCGCGUUUAUAUAAUUAUAUAUUCGCGUUUAUAUAAAUAUAUAUUCGUGUUUAUAUAAAUAUACACAUAAUAGUACUGCGCCGCCUACCCUUUGUCUUUUUUCUCAACGUCCUCUACCCAACAGGUUGGCUGGAAGAGAUUGCUUAGAGAUAAGGCUGCCUUUUGUAUCAUUUAUUUAAAUGGCGCAAUAAAGUGUAAGUAAAUAAAUAAUAUACAAUGUGAAAAUAUAUUUGACCGUACAAUCAAGCUAGAUUGGAUUGUAUACAAUAUUUAGGAAAAUAUUACAAUUCCUGGUAUAACUAUGGCUAAGUAUGUAUACAUACUUAUGUAUCUACAGAAUUCCAAAAUAAUUAGAAGAAAUAAACUGUUACUGGUUUUGAAUUCUACCGUUACCCAGUGAUAAUGUUGGUGUCAGUUUAUAAGUAGUUUUCUGUUGCAAUUCGUAUUCUCAGGUUUAACUUCUUAAAAAUGUAAAUGGUUUGGAAUAAAAGCAAAAUAGCUAAAUUUAGUAGUAAUACGAGUAUAUCAAUUUUGAAAUUGAUAUUUUUUUUGUUCAAUGUACUGGGUUUGGAUUCCCAAGCACUUGCGUUUGCGCUUUUAGUGUACGCUCGCGUAUGCCAAGGUUUGCAGUCGAUUAGGUAAUUAUAUGGGUAAAGAAUUUGGGCUUCAUCAUUAGGUGGGUACUGAGAGUAUGACUUUUAAGAUAACCUUUCUGAUGAGGAUCAAUGGGCGAUGAGUCAUUAUUGUAAAUUUCACGAUUUACAGGUUAAACAGUUGAUGGAGUCGAUAGAAAAUUUUGGAGAAGGUUCGAGACCUUAUGAAGAGGGUGAUUUUGACAGAUAUUAAAGGGGCGCACUUUUUUGUCAUUAUCCGAAUAUCAAUAAAGUGAUUGAGAUAAUUUGUUUACAUAUAUGUGUAAAUAUAUUUUAUGUUAACUACAUACAUACAUAUCUAUCACGUCUGUCUCCCACUAAGAUAGACAGAAACAAUAGUAUACAAAAUGCUCCAAUUCAAACAAGCCUUUUUCACUUCCUCCACAUUCAUCAAUCUUUUCCUACACGCUCGCCGGUUACGGGUACUUUAAUAAUUUAAUAUGGUCUAGCACGUCGCCCAUUUGGUCGACAUAUAUCCGUCUAGGGCGGUCCCUAUCGACAUUUCCAUUAAUUAUUGCUCAAUAAAUCCCUCGUAGUUCUACUUUUAUCCGUCCUCUCCAAAUGGCCAAAUCAACGCAAUAGUCUCUUUUCAAUUUUUGUCACUACAUCGUCUUUCAAUCCACAAUUCUUUUUGAUCACACUGUUUCUCACUUUAUCUUUUAAUGUAAUACAACACAUACUUCUCAGAGAUCUGAUUUCUACAGCAUUUACUUCCAUGCUUCUUCCGCCGUACCCACGAUUCGCUUCCAUACUUAGUGUUGUUGUCAGUAUUCCCUGAAUUAUGGCAAAGUGAGCUCUAUACAAUCCUUCAUAUUUAAUAGUAAUGCACCGUUAACUCUGUUUCCUGCUUUCACUCUCUUCAAUAUCUCGGUCACACUUUCCAUCCCUCGUAAACAAUGAACCCAAAUAUAGAAAUUCACUGGUUCCACUCUUUCAUAUCCUAUCAUUAUCUGACAUGUUAAACUUUCAUUCCUCUCAAAAACCUUCGUUUUAAAAAUAAUAAAAUAAUUAAUAUGUAAAUUGCUUGGUUCAUAAUAUAAAAAAAUGACAAAUAUCAAAAUAUUUUGUACACGUCCUGUAACAUCGUCUGUCGUCGUGUUUUUACACCUGUCUUUAUAAGAACUUCCAUUCCAUUGGAUCAAAUGAUAAAAUACAAUUUUGAAUGUAUGUACCUAUAUUGUUUUAUAAUUUAAAAGGCUGACAAUUGAAACAAUGAUGUGAUUUGAUAUUUUUGGAUUCAGCAUCCAGUGUUCUUUUUAGUAAUCUCUUUUAACAAUCUUCGAAAUCGUAUGCAAUAAUCUUAUAUAAAUUAUUUUUAAUUUCAUGAUAAUUUUAUUUUGCACAAACCUUUUUUACUAGGUGCCGCAGGUGACUCCCAACUGAAAGACAAAUCAGUUUAUGGCAUUUCCUUAAAGACAAGAGUCACUAAAGCAACUGAAAUGCCAAAUUUGUUACAAUUUAUGUUAAACUUUGUUGUGAUUAAAAUUUGCCUAUUCGAAAUGAGUGAGACAGAAUGAGUCUUUAGAGUGCUAUAAUGGAUUUUAAUCAAGAACCUAAUUGCGGUUAAUAAAUAAUAUAAUCUAUAGUGGUACCAACAUUCAAUUCAUCAAUAGCAAUAACUUUAAUAAUGCUAAUAAAAUAGACAGUUCAUAGAGAGUGCUAAUGAAUUACACGUUUUUGAAUAUAUUUAUGCAAUACAAUUUUAUUUAUUUGAAGCAAUUAGGAAAAUGUUUAUAAUAUUCCAUUGUAUUUUUGUUGCAGUGAUAUUAUGAAUGUUAUAAGAAUAAAUGGAUAUUUUAAUAAAAGUCAUUUAAAUAAUAA